UUAAUUAGCAUUUGCAACACGGAAGAGAUCGUCCUCUUCAAAUUCCCAUUUGGAUCAGACAAAGGGGGGUCAAUCAUCCAUCAAUGACACGAGAAUCUUUCUCAAUGGAAUGCUCCCUCAUAGCCCCGUGCAUUCCUCCCACUGUCGCACUCAAAUCGCCCUCAUCCAAGUAGCAACCCGACCCAACGGUCUCGUUGCUGCGCCAGAGUGAAUUCGUAGUCCUCUUUCUUACUCUCAUGACCCUGAUUCUGACCCUGUUCAUCAAUAUCUUGCUACUAUUCUCAGCAAAGGCCAACCUUGAUUUUUGUCCUUGUGUCUUGCCCGUUUCUCUGGUACCCGUUGCUAGCUUCUCCGUUGCUCCAUUGACUUGACUUCGGCCAUCUCCACGCCUUGCCAGGUCUCGUUCGCUUACCGGCCGAGUCCCUUGUUGCUCGUCUUGAACUUUGUUUUGCUGCCUCUGACUGGCCCAGGCCUCUCGCCUCUCUUCUCACUAUCGCUCAAAGACUCCUCAGGCUCCGGGUCUGGCUCCUUCUUUUCAUUCCCUCCGUUGCCAUUCUUUUGGCUCUCACCUCAUUCAUGCCAUCAACCUUCACUUCCACUUCGACAUCUUCGUCGUCUUCCGUAACUCUCUCAGCCAGCCCUAGGUGACUCGCUUGGCUGACCACGCCCCCAUUGCAUCCUCACCCAUCAGCUUCAACUACUAUUGCAGAACAACAGUCCAGUAUCCCAAUGGCCUCUUGGACCUUGCCCUAUCGGGUUGAGGCUGUCGACCGCGACCCAGGCUUCUACUGGCAGGAUAUCGACAAUGGACCUAACGAUGGAUCAAACGACUUCUUUGGUCAGUUUCUCAACUUUGAUGGCGAAAUCCCGUCCUCUAUGGCCGAUCCACACGGCCAUAACCCAUCAAUGCCGGCCCUGGCCAAUGGACUUAUCCUCGACCAUCCCGCCGAGUCCACUGCAUCUGCCUCAUCAGGCGUUUCAACAACUGAAGAUGAGUUUGAUUUCUUCUCCUGCAGUUCUCAGGUCGACGCGACAAUCCCCUCUCAGCCAACCUCAUCCGCUGUCGCAAGUGCAUCGCAUGAGGUCGAUCCUCGAAGCCUCGCACUUGCAAGUGCCGUUGGACUGGCGGAAGAGAAGCCCCCCCUGGUGCCUCGAGUUUCCAUGUCGGACCCAGAACUACCCCGAGUUGAUGGCAUUUCAUUGCACUCUUCGCCUGGAAAGCGGGUGCCUAUUUCACAGCCAUCAUCGCCAACCCCACCCAACACAAUGGCCAGGAAACCCAACAAAUUCGUCGAGGCACUCUCAUCCACGAUUCGUAAAGCCAGUAAACUUCGCAAACCCAAGAAGCUCGUUGCCAUAGACCGCCCAGGCUCUCCGACCAUGGACAAUCCUCCUCGGGCCUUGCGACUGCAGCAUCACGAAUAUAGCAAUGGUAAUGACGCAUUCCCCCCAUCGCCGACAUGCGGGCCGGAUAGCACCAACUUUGUUCAUGGGUUUUGUGACGAUCCCUUUAGUGAAAUUCCUCAGCCGCCUCCGAACAACUCUCUCCGCUUUUUCAGCACCAACGGCAUCCACACACCAGCAGAAUCCCCAGGAGUCAAGACUGAACCUGGUCUUUACCACCCCGACAUGGCAGGGCAGGUUCCUCAGUCAGCUUGGCAGCAUCAGCAACACCCGCACUCACACCCUCAUCCACACCAGCAUCCCCAUCCCCAUCCUCAUCCCCAUCCCCAUCCUCAUCCUCAUCCUCAUCCACACCCACAAGCCCAUGUUCAUCCUCACACACAACAGCAACCUGUUCCUGUUGUGGGUGCUGCACCCGAGACAUGGCCGGGGCAAGAGUAUAUGGCUCAAAAUCCUCAUCAAAGCGGGUGGUGGGAUCUAAAUCUUUUAAACCAGAAUGGCGAAUAUGUUGUAGCCGAUCCGCAACAGCAGAAAAACGCCAGCCUCAACCUUGCCAUGCAUGCCCAGCAUGCGGAGUUGCCAUACGAGUAUCAGGGUCAUGAUCCCAAUUCGGCUGGCCUCAUGAUCCAUAUGCCACAACCGCGAAACGCCUCGGCUCCCGGACACGACCUUUCGUUAAACACCCAGACUUACCUCCCUCCACCGCCUAUCCCUCCAACAUCAGAACGCCAUCGUCCGCCACGAGCCCCUUCUUCUGGAGCACGACACUUGUCUUGCUCGCCAAUUCGCAAGACACGCCAGCCGUCCAUUCCACCCACGCCUGCCACAGCGCACUCGCGCCAAAGCUCCAACGGGUCCGUCGCAUCAGCUCGCAGCGCCUCGGGUCGAGGUAUAGUACCGGGGACCCCCACGGCAAUGCGCAAGCAACGACGGUCUCGAGAUGCAAGCGGCAGCAGUGGAGGCGGCAGCGAGAUCGGGUUUGUCAAUUUUACUCCCAGUGACGGCGGUCUCCUCAUGACAGGUGUUGCGCCGAGCGGCAGUUCCAAGACCAAAGCGCGAAGAGAGCGUGAGGCGAUGGAACGGAGACGACGAUUGAGUGAGGCGGCCAUGAAAGCGGUGCAAGCAGCAGGUGGCGAUGUCGACAAGCUGAUGGAACAAGGCUUUGCAUUUUAACCCCUCAAAAUGCAAUCCAGAUCGGGUCUAUUGAAUUUUGGUUCCUGGUUCCUGCAUGAGGCCACGUAUGUGGCUAUCGGGACUUGCCGCAGCGUUUUUUCAAACGCGACUUCACAUUUUAUGCCAUCAAUAAACAUUUGAUGAUGCAGAGAAGAAAGAAAGGAGGGUGAGGGGAAUAAUAUCAAUUGACGUGGGAGGACUAAGAAAUCAAGUGGCAGGUGUUGGUGUUGGCGGUGAGACAAUCCCAAUUUGCAUCGGAGCUAAAGGAAGGGUGGGCGUUGAAAGGGAACAUCCAUGGAAAGGGGGUAUGGAGGGACCUGGAGCUUUGCCUCUAUGAGGUUAACAAGCAUUUAUCACGACAACAAACGACAUCUAUCGCCAACUGCGAUAGGCACUGAUCUUUUCAUUAUCAUAACUCUCGACAACGGUGUUUCUCAAUAAUCUUCUAUCUCUCUUUUUUCCACCAUCUUCACUUUAUCUCAAGCCUUUGCGCACUCUUUUUUUUUUAUCGGACUUGAAUCUAACGAACACGAGAGAUACUCACUCAGUCUCAUCAGUCCAUCGACUAUAUCUAGGUACCCUAUCUAUCUACCUAGGCCUUCCAUUUGGCAAAAUUCCCAUCAACAAUUCUUUUGGCUCUCAAAGCCUACUAGUCCAGAGACAUUCGUGGUCUCACAAAAUUCCAUUUCUUUGAAUUUGCCCUUUUUGCCUCGCUUGUUUGCUUGCUUGCCUUACCCAUAUACCAUUCGUCAUGUACCAAUAGUCAUACCACAGGACUUAGAGUAGUCUUGUUUUAUCUCUUCCUCACUAUAUCUCAAAGCCUCUCGUUUAGACGCAAACCCUUACUGUUCCGCUCAGAUAUGGAAUAAUCAUUGUAUUUGUACGGAUGGUUGGGGAGGCUGGGUGUUUGGCGUUUCCCUCUUCAACGUCCGAGGUGUUUCACCGAAGUGUGGAUGAGUGUUUAAGGCUUUCAAUCCCUACGAUGGCUGGUUUUGCAUCAUCCAUACCGAGCACUGAGCUUAGAUACAUUUGAUUCAGCCUCCAUGAAUAAUUACUUCUCCGUUAACCACGGAAGUGGCAGUCACUAGAAAACCCUUCUUCAAUAGAUAAAUAAUGCAAUGCACUU